GUGAGCUUUAGUCCUCAAGACAAUGCACAGGUUUGUAUCACUGGAAAUGGCUUUUUUAAACUUUUUAAGUACACUGAAGGAACUUUGAAGCAGAUAAAUUUACAAAGGGGAGAGCCACAAAACUACUUGUGCCAUGCCUGGCUGUCCAAGGAGGAAGUGAUAUGUGGCACUGACACAGGCAAACUCAUGUUGUUUGAAACUGGAGAGCUGCACUGGGAGACAAGAGUAGAGUACAAAAAACCACCCAGGGAACUAGAAGAAGGUGCAAUGACAAAAGAAUAUGAGAGUGGACUAGCCUCUGAAGAUAAGGAUUCCCAACAGGAUUCUUUGCCUCAAAUAUCUGCAGUUGCAGCUUAUUCCAAAGGCUUUGCAUGUUCAUCUAGCCCAGGAGUUGUUCUUCUGUUUGAGAAGACCAAGGAAAAGGAAGUCUACAAGGAGAGUCAAGAAAUCUGGCUUCCUCAGGACCUGUUUAGCAGUGAACCAAAUCAGUCAUGCAGACAGGACAUUAUAUGUAUAUGCUUCAGCCCUUCUGAGGAAACGAUGGUCAUUAACACAAACAAAAAUCAGCUUUACAUGUUUGCUAUGCGCUCCGCUGAUCUUAUGAAGGAGAAGGCAGCUUAUUUUGCAUAUCUGAAUUUCCCACUGCAUUCUGCUUCCAUUACUGGUCUGGACAUCUGUAUUUGGAAACCCAUUCUUGCUACUUGUUCCCUGGAUAGAUCUGUCCGCAUCUGGAAUUACAAUACAAACACUUUGGAGCUGUGUAAGGAGUAUCGGGAGGAAGCAUACACAGUAUCACUGCACCCCAGUGGCCUUUUCUGUUUGGUUGGGUUUUCAGACAAACUACGGUUUAUAAGUCUACUAUACGAGGACAUGCAUGUUUUCAAGGAGUUUGCUGUGAGAAAGUGUAGAGAGUGCUCAUUCAGUAACGGAGGCCAUCUUUUUGCUGCAGUUAAUGGAAAUGUGAUUCAAAUUUUUUCCAGCGUCACCUUUGAGAAUAUUAAUAAUCUGAAAGGGCAUAGUGGGAAGAUACAUGCAGUUAAAUGGAGCGCAGAUGAUGCUAAAUUUGUCUCCUGCGACACACAUGGUGCUGUGUAUGAGUGGAACUUGUUGACAGGUGAAAAGGAGUCAGAGUGUGUGCUCAAGUCCUGCAUCUACAGCAGCAUUGCCCUGUCUUCUGAUGCCAAAAUCAUCUUUGCUGUUGGAUCUGACCAAACUCUCAAAGAAAUUUCGAAGUCUUUGAUCCAGCAGGAAGUGCCUGCUUUUGGUGUUGUUUAUACUGCAGUAGCUGUUUCUCAUUCUGGGCACAUGGUAUUUGUUGGCACAUCUCUGGGGACAAUUCGAGCCAUGAAAUACCCAUUACCUUUAACGAAGGAUUUCAACGAGUAUCAAGCCCAUGCAGGUGCUGUUACCAAGAUGUCUGUAACAAACGAUGACCUAUUUCUGCUGACUGCCUCAGAGGAUGGCUCUAUAUUUAUCUGGAAAGUGGAUGAUAAAGAACGUGGGUUACAGAAAUGGGACAAGGAAGCUGAGUAUGCUGAGGAGGUGCUGAUCAUGAGAUCAGAUAUAGAAGAGAAGAGUCAGGCAAUGCUAGACCUGCAGAUUCGUGUGGAAGAGCUACAGACAGAAAAUGAUAACCAGCUACGUCUCAAGGACAUGUACUGUAGUGAAAAAAUAAAGGAAUUAGAAGAGAAUUUCACUCAGGAAGUAGGCUCCCUUAAAAUCAAACACCAGGUUUUACAGGCAGAGAAAGAAAAACAGGAGCUACAACACCAGUUUCAACUCUCUGAGCUGAUGAAUAAACAGGCCAGGGAGGUGCAACAACUAGAAUCUGAUAGUAAUCAGAAACUCUUAAUGGAAAAUGAGAAAUACCAGGAGCUGCAAGUGAAAUCCCUGAGGAUGCAGGAGGAAUAUGAGAAGCAAUUGCACAAUUUGGAGGAAAGCAAAAGCAGAGCUGUGAAGGAGCUAACAGAAUAUUAUGAGGAAAAACUUAAUGAGAAAUCUGUUCUGCUGGAAGAGGCAGAGGAAGGUAUAAGGCAGCAGCUUCAAGCACAUGAAGAAAUUAAGAAACAAAUUGAAGAAGAUGAAGACCAAGAAAUCCUGGAAAUCAAAAUCAAGUAUGAGAAACGGCUCUUGGAAGAAAAGGAAUCAAACCUGCACCUGAAAGGAGAAAUAGGAGUCAUGAAUAAAAGGUUGAACAGCCUACAGAAGGAGCUCAAGGAGCGAAACAGGGACAGUGGGGAAAUGAGACAGGAGCAGCAAAAGCUGCAAGGCACCAUUAAGUCAUUGGAGAAGGACAUAAUGGAACUGAAGACAGAGAAUCAAGAGAGAGCCGACACUAUCCAGGAAAAGGAGAAGCAAAUAUAUGACCUUAAAAAGAAAAAUCAGGACCUGGAAAUGUUCAAGUUUGUACUGGAUUACAGAAUAGAGGAAUUUGAGAAGCAAAGAGAGUCACGUGAAAAUGAUAUCAAAACAAUGGAGGAGCAGAUCCAGGGGAUGAAGGGGGAGCUGGAACGAUUCCACAAGGAGAGCACACAGUUGAAGCUGACUAUCACACAACUGCAACAGAAACUAAAGGCAACUGAUCGCGAGAUGCACAGAGAGAGGCAGAAGAAGCAAAAUAUGGAAGCUCUCAUCAAACGAUUUAAAACAGAUCUUCAUAACUGUGUGGGCUUCAUUCAGGAUUCAAAAAAAAUGAAGAAUGGGAUCCGUGAGCUCUACACCAAGUAUGUGCAGCAAUCAGGCACGGUGGAGACUGAAGCGGGAGACACAGAUUUGCAGCAGGAGUACAUGAGACAGCAAGAGCGUCUUGAGAGGAAUUUGGCAGCUUUAAAAAAGAAGGUGGUGAAGGAUCAGGAAAUCCACCAAGCUGCUUACAUGCGCAUCGUGCAGGAAAAUGUGAGUCUGAUUAAGGAAAUUAAUGACUUGCGGCAAGAACUGAAGGCAGCCCACACCCAGGUACAUGACCUCCAGUCAACACUAAAAUUAACCAAGAAAAAGCAAGCAAUUCAAGACACAGCUCCCUCCAGUGAACUGCUGUCCAGCCCAGCUGUCCUGAGGUUGAAUGCAGAGAAGGAAAGUGAGAAAAUCAUAGAAAUGCAGCGGCUAGAAAUUCAAUACCUGCGAGACCAAAUCCAGGAGAAGAGCCAGGGGCUGCAGAACUCCCACAGACCUACAGGCAAGUGA